CAUUUCAGUUCAGUUUCAUAUUACACAGUUAAGCAAUCAACUCGAACAUUACUAUAUACGAUUAAGACAAAGUACUUUAGGCUAGACUGUCAAUUAUCAGUCUCAAGUAUAACUUGCGUUUCAUAUCUAAAUAUAUAUUCAAACUGUAAACCAUCUCGCACAGUACGGAGGUAAAUAAAGUGUUCGAAAAGUUCGAAUUGCUAUAAUGACAGAGUAAUAGAUUUGAAAUGCAUUAGUGUAUGUAUCGAUUUAUAUAAUGAUAGAAGAUUGUUCGUUCUUGAGUGAAGCUAUUAAAGAUUAGUGCAUUAUUAAAAUGCACUCUCGAUCCGCAAGAUACAUAUUGCAUGCUCAUAUAUAGCCCGAAUGUCGUGCUCUCCCAUAGUUAAAACGCGAUAAAAGAGACAUUUCUGAUAGUUCACCCCUAAUGUUUCAACCGACAUAAAUCGCAUUCAUUUGUGCUAUGGACUUUGUCACAUUCGAGAAACGAUACUUGAGAGCCACUAAAAGGUUCAGCCACUGGGCAGGGAUAUGGCCUGAUCAAAAUAAAUGUGAAAAGUGCAUAGCAUGGAUCUUUAUUUACAUCGAAAUGGUGUCGAUCACGGUAGUUCAAAUAACAAAAAUCGUGCAUUUAAAAACUGUAAACGCUUUCUUAGACGAUUUGCCUCUACUAGCCGCGAGUAUUUUAUUAUUCAUUAAACACGGUAAUUAUAUUCUCAAUGCAGCAGAGUUUAAGUCGCUCUUAAUGGGUAUGUAUCAGGACUGGGCUGUUAAUCGAUCAGACCACGAAAUCGCUAUUAUGACGAAAUAUGCGAACAGGGGUGCUUUGCUUACGAUGUUUUAUUUAGGUGAGAUUGAAGAAACAAUUGCUCGAGCUAGCUGAUUUAAUACCUUAUGACAAAUGAU